AUGGCAACGUUGGUUGUUGACACCCUCCGGUUGCAGGUGCUGGUCUCGGAGGCCUGGACUCAGGGGGCCUCCGAGGGCCCCCAGAGAGGGACAGAGAUGGACCUGACCCCCGGCUCCCCUCUGGUCCUGACCCACCGGAUCACACUGGUCCCGUCUCUGGGGUCCGGGUCUUGCGGAUGUGGUUCGGACCUCGCCGCCCUGCGGGGUCGCCUGGAAAGGGAGGUGUCGACACUCAGGGAGAAAUGUGGAGGCGCUGAAGGAGGAUGCUGCUCCUCCAAGGAGAGCCAGGGUGCCGGUUGCUCCAUCAAACAGGAAGUGCUCUCGUGUCCCGACGAGUGCAGCGACCAGGGCCGCUGCGUGGCCGGCCGCUGCGUCUGCUUCCCCGGGUUCCACGGACCGUACUGCGGCGAGUCCGGCUGUCCCGGCAACUGCAACAGCAGGGGGCGCUGCGCGGCCGGGAGCUGCUCGUGCGACCCCGGCUUCACCGGCGAAGACUGCGCGCGCACCGGCUGCCCCGACAACUGCAGCGGCCGCGGCCGGUGCGCGAGCGGGAAGUGCGUCUGCGACGUCGGCUUCGCGGGAGACGCCUGCGCCGACAGCUCGUGCCCGGCAGACUGCAGCAGCAGGGGGCGCUGCGUGGCCGGAGAGUGCGUCUGCGACGUCGGCUUCGCCGGGCCGGACUGCGGCGCCAGAGGUUGCCCCGGUAACUGCGGCGGCAAGGGGCGCUGCGUCAAGGGGAGGUGCGUCUGCCGGCGAGCGUUCACCGGACCGGACUGCAGCCAGUGCGAGGAGGCCAUGAGCGGACCCAACUGUGACAGCGAGAUGUUGGGGGUUUCUCAGCUGAGCACCAGAGACGUCACAGAGACCUCCGUCACCCUGCGCUGGACCCCACCCAACAUCCAGUACGAGACUUACUACAUCACCUUCACUAGCCAGAAGGAGAGCGACCAGCAGACCAGCGUGCAGGUGGAGGGCGGCAUGACCAGCUUCACCCAGACGGGGCUGGCAGCCGGCCAGGAUUACACCGUCAGCGUCACCGGGGAGACGGGCGGCCGCAAGGGCGCCGAGAGCGCCGCUCAGUUCACGACCCGCACCUCCGGUCCCGCCAACCUCCGAGUCGUCAAGACGACCUCCACGUCCGCCGUGGUCCAAUGGGAGCAGUCGCAGGGUGAGAUGGACAGGUACCGCUUGACGGCCACGCCCACUGAUGGCAGGGGGAGGAGUCAGGAGAUGACGGUGGCCGCCGGGCGGGACUCUGCCCACAUCGGGCAGCUGGAGGCGGGGCGUUCGUACGACGUCGUCCUCGUGGCGGAGAAGGGAACGAGUCGGAGCAAACCAGCAACCAAUCAGGUCACUCCAGGGAAGACUUUACCGAAGGUCACCGCGAUACCUUUGGCGCCGGCGCCCGGACGAGAUGCCAGCGACGGACACCGAGAGGUCAUCCCCUCGGCUCAGGUGCACAGCCUACAGGGGAGGAGGGAGGAUGGGGGCGAGGAAAUGAAAGUCGGAGGUCCGGAUGACCCUCCCAAAGACGCCCCGACCUCCGGGACCGCGAGAACCGAACCUCUGAAGAUAGGAAUAAAUGGCACCGCGCCCAAAGUCGCGCUGUACAGGAAGCCAAGUGUCCGUUUCAACACAACCAGGGUCGUGACUGGAUGGAGACCGUUCAGGCCUUUGAAGAGGCCCCCGGUGGGGCCCAAGAAGCCUAAACCGGGUGUCCCCGCUAUCAGGGAGGGGACACUCGCUCUGGCGAGGACGGGCCCGGGCGUAGAGGCCUUGAGGGUUGACAAGAAUCCAGCUCGAACAUCUGGGACCGAUUCCGACAGCCAAAGUAUCUCCGAGGGACCGACCGCUGCCGCCGGCUCCAAAGAGCAACCAGAUGUUGGCGAGGCGGAGGGAACCGUGCCGGGCUCGGGUCACGCUUCCUCCGACACCGAUGACGUGGAACCCUCGUCUGCGGAGACGGACCUCGACCAUUCGCCGGACCCUCUACGCAAACUCCUCACGGACACCUUCGACAGUUUGAAUGUCACGACUUUUUCUGUCCACAUGUCCAAACCAUCAGACAUCCCCGCUGAUGCCGAACCGGAGAGGAAGCAGAUCCUAAAGGGACUGAGGCCACUGUCGCCUUCCUCGGCCCGCAUCGCCUUCACUCGGUCCCUCUUCAUCACCACCACGUUCCUCAUCCUCUUUAGCAUCGCCUUCACUCGGUCCCUCUUCAUCACCAACACGUUCCUCAUCCUCUUUAGCAUCGCCUUCACUCGGUCCCUCUUCAUCACCACCACGUUCCUCAUCCUCUUUAGCAUCGCCUUCACUCGCAUCGCCUUCACUCGGUCCCUCUUCAUCACCACCACGUUCCUCAUCCUCUUUAGCAUCGCCUUCACUUGGUCCCUCUUCAUCACCACCACGUUCCUCAUCCUCUUUAGCAUCGCCUUCACUCGGUCCCUCUUCAUCACCAACACGUUCCUCAUCCUCUUUAGCAUCGCCUUCACUCGGUCCCUCUUCAUCACCACCACGUUCCUCAUCCUCUUUAGCAUCGCCUUCACUCGGUCCCUCUUCAUCACCAACACGUUCCUCAUCCUCUUUAGCAUCGCCUUCACUCGGUCCCUCUUCAUCACCACCACGUUCCUCAUCCUCUUUAGCAUCGCCUUCACUCGGUCCCUCUUCAUCACCACCACGUUCCUCAUCCCAUUCUUCAGACGUGUCCAGAAUAAAACCCGCACCGACCUGAGACCACCUCCACCGCCGCAUAAAGGACUCGUGUGGAAGCUUUUCCCAAACAAAAAGCUGAGUGGAAGCCGUUCUGAGGGCGGGGAAGAGGAGGCAGUGCAGAUGGAAAUAGUGUACCGGAAAGUGCGUCGACACGAAGUCCAACAAGCCAAAGCAACGCGGGAGCCAGACCUGAACCAGGAAGUGAUCCGGUCCAAACCACCAAAUCCGGAGAAGAAACAACGAGCACCCCAGAUUCAACCUCUGACUCUGAAACCCACAAAGAGAAACUCAAGGCUGGCAAAAAUACUGGAGCUGCGAGUCGAGGGGAACCAACCGUCAAACAAACUUCUCCCGAUGCCGGAGGCCGCCGCCCAGAGGCAGCACCGCCCAGAGGCAGCACCGCCCAGAGGCAGCACCGCCCAGAGGCAGCACCGCCCAGAGGCAGCACCGCCCAGAGGCAGCACCGCCCACAUCACUCUCCACCGGGGGGAGGAAACGCAAACCACCGCCACCAGCGUGGAUUACAAACCUCCCACGGCAUCGGAACCUCAGGACCGCGUGGGAGUGACCCACCGGACCUCGGAUGGAAUCACCCUCGUUAGGGACUCACCGGAAGACAAGUCCAAACACUCUGUGGUGACGAGCGGAGACGCCGGGAACGAAGAAGAAGAAGAAGACUCUGAGGAAGAGGGUGGCAGUGAGGAGGAGGAAGAAACAGAAUCAGAGAAUGGACGCAGUGAAGAUGGAAAUAGAGAACCGGAAAGUGCGGGAACACGAGGUCCAACAAGCCAAAGCAACGCGGGAGCCAGAACUGAACCAGGAAGUGACGAACCCCUCAAAAAGGUUCUUCCUGGUUCCGCUCGCCCCUUCCCGCUGGAGAACCUUCCUCCUCGGCCCGAGUACACCGUGACGCUGCUGGGGAGCGGACCCGGCUGGUCGUCAGUACAGUGGAUCUCGAGGUCCAACGCGUCCCUGAAGUGUUUGUCAUUCGGCAGCUUCACACGCCCUCGGCUGGCUGCCGAGCCUCCGAUGUGCAUCGGCAACAUGGAGCUCUCUCUCUCUCUCUCUCUCUCUUCAGAGGAAACUCUUUUGUCAUCUCUCCAUCGGUUCUUCUUCUCCUCCAGUGUUUCUGUUAUUCUCCUUCUUCCCUCGUCCACAUCUCUUCUGUCUCUCUUCUUCCCUCUGCUGUCUCUUCCCUCUUUUCUCUCUUUAAUGACUCGGGGUUUCCUUCGUCCAGGUCCGGAGCCGCCGACCGGCCUGGUGUUGGGCCGGCUGACGGAGUCCUCUGUGACGGUGUCCUGGACCAAGCCCACGACCUCCGUCAGCGGGUUCAAGGUCAGCUACACCCACACGGAGGAGGGCGAGCCGGUGUCCGUGUCCGUGGCGUCGGGCGACUCGUCCCUCGGCCUGGCGGCGCUCUCGCCCGGCUCGUCGUACGAGGUCAGCGUCGUCUCCGUCCUCGGGCUGGACGAGAGCGCCGCCAUCACAGAGCACGUGGCGACGCUUCCCGACCCGCCGACUGACCUCCAGGCCGUGAAGGUCACCGACACCGAGGCGUUGUUGUUGUGGCGUCCAGCGCUCGCCGCUGUCGAUAAGUACGCCAUCGUUUAUGGCGCCGGGACAGGCUCUGAGUUGAGGGUCGUUGUGUCUGGAGACUCCGACCAGCAGCAGCUCCAAGGCCUGGAGGGAGAAACCACGUACACAGUGACCAUCAGCAGCCAGCAGGGGGCGGCGGAGAGCUCGGGGGCCUCCACCCGCUUCACCACCACCGGAGGGUCCCGCGGGCCUCGCGACCUCCAGGCCGACGACGUGACCCCGCGCUCCGCCCUGUUGUCAUGGAAACCGCCCUCCAGCCCCGCCGGCAGCCUCAGCCUGACCUACGGGAGCGAAGGUCAUCCGGUGAAGGAAGUGGUGCUGGACGCGUCGCUGACGGAGCACCACCUGACCAGGCUCCACCCCGGCUCCACGUACGCGGUGCGGCUCCGGGCCGAGGGCGGAGCCUCCGUCACCACCGACUUCACCACCGGCACCCUGAGGUUCCCCUUCCCCACCGACUGCUCCCAGGAGCUGCUGAACGGCAUCCGGACCUCCGGCGCGGUGGAGGUCUUCCCUCGGGGGACGCUCGGCACGCCGGUGACGGUUUCCUGCGACAUGGAGACGGACGGCGGCGGCUGGACGGUCUUCCAGAGGAGGAAAGACGGCUCGGUGGACUUCUUCAGAGGCUGGAAGGACUACAUCAAAGGCUUCGGGAGUCCCAGUGGAGAGUUCUGGCUCGGCCUGGAGAGCCUCUACAACCUGACCUCCAUGACCCCGAUGAGUCUGAGGGUCGACAUGCGGGACAAAGACGAGGUGGCGUUCGCCAAGUACUCAAAGUUUGAGCUGGUGAAGAGGAACUACAAGCUGAUCGUGGGCGGGUACAGCGGCACUGCAGGCGACUCGCUCAGCUACCACAGCGGGCGCAUCUUCUCCACCAGAGACCGCGACCUGUCGCCCUUCAUCACGCGCUGCGCCCUGUCGUACCGCGGAGGCUGGUGGUACAAGAACUGCCACGAGGCGAACCUCAACGGGGCCUACGGUACCGACUCCAACCACCAGGGGGUCAUCUGGACCGCGUGGAGGGGUCAGCUGUUCUCCAUCCCGUUCACUGAGAUGAAGAUGAGGCCGACAGCCUUCAGUCCUCCAGCCAGAGGAUGAAGACGAGGAAGAGGAAGAUGAACUGAACCCAUGAUGCACAGCAUCACACACACACACACACACACAC